AUGAAGAUCAUGUCCUGGAAUGUCAGAGGGUUGGGUAGGGCAGAGAAACGGCGGAGAGUUAGACAGGUUAUUCAGGAUAGAAAGGUGGAUGUCCUGCUUCUUCAAGAAACAAAAAAAAGUAGUGUGGAUGAGAUGUUUGUUCGCUCCGUUUGGCCUUGGGAGAGGAUGGCGUUUAUGGCGGUUGAUUCUGACGGUAGUGCUGGAGGGCUAUUGAGCAUAUGGAAUACAGAGGUGUUUCAACUAAAGGAGUGUUGCGGUCAUAGAAACUUCCUGCUCUUAUCAGGUGUAACUCUUAAUUCCUUUGAAUGUGUUUUUUUAAAUGUGUAUGGGCCUAAUGAUGUGUCUAAAAGAGCAGAGUUAUGGGCCACAUUUGGUAAUAUUAGAACUAGUUUCCAUAGACCCUGGUGUAUGGGAGGGGAUUUUAAUGUUAUUAGAAAUAUAGAGGAUAGAAGAGGCUGUGCAAGGAGAGACAGAGGAAUGGUAGAAUUUAAUAAUUUCAUUGACCAAAUGGAGUUGGUGGAAAUUCCUUUGUUAGGCAGAAGAUUUACGUGGUGUAACUCCAUGGCGGGAGAGCGGUGGAGUAAGAUUGAUAGGUUUCUGCUGGACGUGGUAUGGUUGGAAAAGUUCAGGUUUCAGAUGUGGGGUCUUCCCAGAGUGGUAUCUGAUCACUGCCCACUUCUGUUGAUGGAAGAUGAGAGGAAUUGGGGGCCUAGACCAUUUAGGUUCCUUAAUGCUUGGACAUUGCACCCAGAUUCUAAUGGAAAAAUUGAUCAUUUAAUUGGUGAUGGAAAUGUUCAUGCUGAUUAA